CCCCGAUGCUCGUGGGAGAGCCAGGCGACAAGGGAACUGGUGCUGUGAUGACGCUGAUCGCGGAGAAGCUGCGGGAGCCGCGGCUCUGCGACGGACCCUGCGAAGCCUAUGGCGUCAGCCUGCAGAAGAAAAGCCAUGGAGGUCAACCGACGGCAGCUGCAGUGAGCAGACUGGAAUUGCCUCAAGCUCCCUCGCACUUGCCUUCGGCAGCGGGCCGAGCCCGUCGUGGCCGCCACCCCGGUCCACCCCUAGGUCUGCCAUGUGGUGUGAGGCUGCCGGAGCGAUGCUCCUUCCUGGCUGGAUCAGCGACCUGAGUCUGAAUGACAAUGGUGGGUCUGUUCUGGCCCCGCCCACUAAGCGCCACUGCCGCUCCUUAUCUGAGCCGGAUGAACUUUCCCGCUGCCGGUCACCAUGGAAGCCCGGCAACGGCUCCAAGAUCUGGACUCCGAUAUCCAAGAGGCGCUGCAACAGUGGGGGCGUGGCCUCGCUGCAGUAUGGCGGCGUGCAUGGAAGCUGCAGCUCGGCCGCUGCCCCCUCCGCCGCCUCCUCCUCGCCUCCUGGCGGCUGCGGCUUCUUCUCUGUCCCCUGUAGUGCCUUUGCUCCAGCUGUGUCCCCUGUGCCGCGGCCCUCGUCGGCCAGCAGCGGCUUCGUGGACUGCAGCGGGCGCAGCAGCGGUGCCUCCUCCUCCUCCGCCCCUCCCUGGCCUGCCGGAAGGUCCCCCGAGCUCUCGCCCUGCCGCCGGCUUUCGCUCUCCCAGGAGCACAUUCCCGAGGGCCACGGCCUGCUGGCCUCCUCCAGCAGUAGCAGCCCGGCCUCCAGCCCGGAGCUGGGCCGCCGUGCGGGGUUACUGCGCUGCCGCUCCCAGCCCUGUGUGCUCCAAGAGCGCAAGGCGGGCCUGAAGCGACCCCGGGAGAACGAGGCACGCUGGAGCCGGCCCUCGCUGGACUUCCUCAAAAUGACUCAGACUUUGAAGAACUCCAAAAGCCUAUGUUCCCUGGAUGACGAGGACCUUCACAUGAGGACCAUUGUCUCGUCGCCAUGUGGCUCCGCUGAUGACCUUGUGAACAUCAUCACUCCUGGCUCCAGCCCUGUCAGAGAGCUGUUGGAGGUGUCGGCCAGCCAGCGGGGUCCGGACCCCCAGCAUGAUCCACUCCGCCUUCCCCCGCAGCGACCUGGAUUCCGCCGGGCCGUGGUCGCGGGUGAGAGCGAGAGUGAUGAGGACAUCAGUGACACUGACAGCAUCGAGGAGAGAAUCUUCCCAUUGUACUGUGGAGACUUGGAUCUAGAACAGAUCGAGAAGAACUAAAUCUGGAAUCCAGAAAGUGGCUGAUUGUUUUGUUUUGUUUUUUUUUUUAAUUAUUAAGGAAGGACAUUAAAAUAUUUUAGGUUACUGGUCGACAGGACUGUCGUUAGCGAUUGUAUUUUGGAAAUAUUUUGGAUGGGAAAAAUUCCAAAAAUAACAGGUAGAUGGUUUUUUGCAUUGUAAACUAGAUAGGAGAAUAACAGGCUUGUUAUACAAGAUUAAAAAUGGCAUUCAUUCAGGCUGCUUCUCAUGAAAUUUCAGGAUAUAGAAUUCAGUUAGACUUUUUGUGGAUUCAGACUGACUAAUUUAACUGAUUUAAAUAUCACCUGUUGUCUGUUGGGUGCUGGAACAUUUCUGAUCUGUUAUUAUAUGGUAGUAGUAUGUCACUGUUCAAGAGUUCUUUUCAAAGCGGUUUGUGGACUUGUCCCCUGAUUCAUUAAGCUGGAAGUUUGGUUCAAAUAGGGGAAGGUUUGUCUGAAGACCCAGGGUUUCUCAAAAUCCUUUUGAGUUCAUCCUCAGUUAGGGAUUAGUACUAUCACUGCUUAUCAACAUGUGUCCAUCUGCCUGCUGUAGACCUCAGCUGAAAAGUGACUGUCUUAAGUGCCUUAAAGGCCAGUGUUAAUGCAACCCUAUGAAUGGCUCCAAUACUAACCCCUGUAUCAGAGGCCUUAGCAACUGGUAAACUACCAAUUCAAAUGCAACAAAGUCUACCAUUAAAUAAUGCUUAUGGAAAACUUAAACUGUCUUCAAUAGGUAAGGGAACAUAUGCGAAUGGACGAUUGGACAAGUGUUUAAUGCAACAAAAAUGAUCAUUUAGUACUUUGGGUAAUUUACACAAAGUGGCGCUUCCAAUUAAAAUAGCUCUGAUUGUUCAUUUGCACAACACUCAAAGGGAGUUCCACUACCUGACAUUAGAUAAUUCACUGUGUAUAGAAAGGAACAUCUCUGCGAUGUUUUACUGAAAAAUGAGUGUAAUACUCACCAGCUCCAAGCAUUUCUGUAUACAUUUUUUUUUUUGCUGAAUCAAGUUUUAAAUCUUGUCAACACUGGACACUUUCUAAAUACAAAGAACAAUCUUAUAUUGCAUUUAUGCUGAGUGGGGCCUCUCAGAGGAUUUGUGGUUCCUUUGACACAAUGUCUAACAAAAAAUGAUCCACUUCUUACCUGUGACAAAGUGAAUUUUGUGGUGUACAUUCCUACCAAAGGAAUCAUGUAUCAUGUAACAGCUUCUGAAAAUAACUAUUUUGAUGGAAGUUCCCUAUAAAAUGUGUGAAAACCGCACAUAAGGUGAAUGUUUGCCUUGUCAAUGACUUAAUGCACACUGUACCUUACAAAUGGAAACAUGAAUUUUAGAUGUUGGAUUGGGAAGGGAGUUGAUAUGGAAUUUGAGCUGAUGCUUGAAUAAAUGAGUAAGAAUGUCU